UGGGGUCACUUAAAAAUGUCCUUGGUUCUGAAAGAACUUUUUUUUCAAUGAAGAUAACAUUAAAUGAAUGAUAGAUCCAGUGUAGACAUUCUUGCUGUGGUAAAUGACUAUUGUAGCUGUAAAAGGGCUGAUUUUUAAUGGAAUAUCUCCAUAGGGGUACAGAGGAACAUUUCCAGCAACCAUCACUCCUGUGUUCUAAUGCUACAUUGUGUUAGCUAAUGGUGCUGAAAGGCUCAUUGAUGAUUAGAAAACCCUUGUGCAGUUAUGUUAGCACAUGGAUAAAAGUGGGAGUUUUAUGGAGAACAUGGAAUUGCCUUAAGUUUGCAUUAUUCUGAUCCAUAACUUACAUUAUAUCUGCUACCAGUGAUUGUUUCCUUGAUAGAAACCAGUUACCCCUGGUUGACUUCUAAAAAAAAAAUCAAUGAAUCUAACAACGAGCCAGUCUUUUUUCAGGCUCUGCCUCCAUUCAAAGAGCCAUACAUCCCAACUCUCAUCAUUUUUUGUCUUCUACUUUGUGUGUGUUGAACUGAUGGAGAAAUAACACGUGGAAGUCAUAAAUCUGAGCAGCAGCCGCAAAGACAACAGCCUAAAAGAGAAAAUGUGUCACAGAGUAGCUGAUCCUGGUUCUGGCCUCUCCGUGAAUCAGCACUUAGAAACUCAGACAUGUUGAAGGAAACACAAAUUCAUCGCUUUCACUUCAGCUACGUGGACCAGGCGACGGUACGUCAUCCGGUGACGUGUAUUCAUGUGGGCGUGUGUGCGUGCGUGACCGCACACACACACCACCGGCUUCAUCCCUGCCAUUGGUUCCUCCCCCCCCCGGCCCGCCUUCAAUGGGACGAGCGGGGCUAGAGGCUAGUACCGCUGAGGAUCCACGAAAUAUACACGCAGAACCCCGAGGAACGAACAGCAGAACACUCCGUGGACAGCACUCUCUCUCACUCCGUACCUGCGCACACCGUCACGCUCCGCCACCUGCAGUCAGGACGCACCGCGCUGCGUAAAGUUUCCACACCAGUCACAUUAGGCACUGUGGGAGGAUCGCCGGGUUCCUGCGUGGAUUUCAGUGUCUUUGUCUGGAUGAACGUUUCCCACGGAGCCGCUGGGAGGAUCUGUGUGAACGUGACACGCGCCGUGGACCCUAUGGAUCUGCUGUAGCCACAUCCAACCCGCUUCUGAUUAUUGAUUCUCCGUUUUUUUUUUGUUGCGCCGUCGCGUCGUCUGGUUUUUCGCUCCUAACGCACCGCGCAGAUUUCAGGACGCAGCGCGGAUUCAGCCAUGAACUUUGGUGUCACUUUGGUUCGGCUCGUGUUGGCAGCGGUUCUGCACCUGUCGUCCGUAAAGACUGCCAGCCUGAACAAGGGAGUGGACAAGAGUAAAAUGAAGGUAAUCAUCCCUUUCACCAGUGUCAUCACCAAGAGCAUGUGUCAGCCCAGAGAGAUUCUGGUGGACAUCAUUCAGGAGUAUCCAGAGGAUACAGAACACACCUACGUCCCGUCCUGCGUGGUCCUCAACCGCUGUGGAGGCUGCUGCAGCGACGAAGCGAUGGAGUGUGUUCCAACAGAAACGCGCAAUGUCACGAUGCAGGUAAUGCGGUUUAGACCGAGGGUAACACAACAUACCAUUCAUUUAACUUUCACAGAGCAUCAAAAGUGUGAAUGCAGAGUAAAGCCAGGUGUUCAAGCAAAGAAGUCAUACCACUGUGCACCUUGCUCAGAGAGAAGAAAGCGCUUGUUUGUGCAGGACCCUGUCACCUGUCAAUGUUCCUGCAAAUUCACUCAGUUAGACUGCAGGUCCAGGCAGCUUGAGUUAAACGAAAGAACUUGCAGAUGCGAGACACCGAGGAGAUGAGACCUGGGACACUGUUAUGAAGGAAUUCUUUUCUUGGAACAGCACUUUGAAAUCUGAGGAUGCAUUCCCUGCGUGGACACGAUGACAACGCAAGACAGGACGUUCUGGAUGCACAUCUUGACAUGGCCUGUUUUCUGACUAAAGAUUUUAAUAUAUAUACGUACUUUUACUACGUUGACAAUGUUCUGCUGCUACAUAGAAAAACAUAUUUAAAGUGACACGAGUGCGCUGCUGGCGUAUGAAUGGAAAGUCUUUCAGUUCUGGUCGUGGAUAGAGCUGUAAAAAGACAUGUUUUAUGAACACUUCACUGGAUGCUCCUCUGCUGGGGAUCUCAUGUUUUGUAUUGACGUCAUUGAGCAGCGCAGCAGAAUCUGAACUUGGAACUCUGACAGAAGCGAACGGGGACAGAGGGAGGAGUGACCUCCUUGUACUUGAAGUGAACAGCAGGUCCAAGAAGUGUUUCCCUCAGCCAUGAUGUGAAGUUGUCUCCACUGUACAGACUGACUCCAGCUGGUACGAGAAUACACUUAAAAAGUUCUCUUCCAGCGUCCGCAGUUUCCUGAAGCGACUGUGAAGGUUCCAAGCUGUGGUCGUGGAUAAUGUGAAGAUGAAGGGUAAUGUGACGACAGCAAGAACCGGACUAAAGAUUAAUGAUGAAGUUUUGGAACGUUCAAAGAUCUUAGUCAACGUCAAAACUGGGUAAAGAUCAGGCCUGUUCUUAUUGAGGCUGGGCUCAAACUGCAGGAGUUGCAUCCUGCUGACAGUUGGAACAGAAAUCUGGUCUGAAAAGAUGUUGGUCCAGAUUAUUACUCAGCCAAGAAGUAGUUAUCUCAGUGGAGUUAUGUGAUGAUCGGCGCUGGUUUGUCUGUCUGUUAGUGACAUUAGUCAAAAACGGACCAACGGAUGUGAAUGAAAUUUUCAGGUUAGGUCAGAAAUGACACAAGGACCAACAAGAAGGUCUUCAAGAAGUCCAGUCUACUUCUCUGGACUUCUAUUGUAGGUUUUUUAAGAUGUUCCACCUUUCAUCCAAGAUGAGAGGUGAAACAUGAAUUAAAAAAAAUCACGUUUUUACUCCGCCAAUGAACGUGGCGGAGUUAUGUGAUGAUCGGCGUUGGUUUGUCCGUCUGUCCGUCUGUUAGCAACAUUACUGAAAAACAGACUAACGGAUUUGGAUGAAAUUUUCAGGGAAGGUCAGAAAUGACACAAGGACCAAGUGAUUAGAUUUUGGCAGUGAUGCAGCUUAAAGUCUGGAUCCACGGAUUUGUUAAAGAUUUCUGUAUCAUUGUGAGAUAGCAGCACGGUAUCACUGUAACCAUGACAACAAGUGAACACUACAUCAGCUGACGGUCACAUGACUUCAAUCCUACUACAAAUCCACCGCUGAGGACUUAUCAGGACUUAUCCAUCAGAAAUGAUCCAAGGAACAAUUGAUUAAAUUGUGGAGGUGUUUCUGAGUCCCAUCAAUUCCCACCGCCUGCUACAUAUUUAGGUCACAUGAUUCAGUAUCCGUACAUAACAUGGCCAUGCAUAACACACGCCUGUGCUCAGCGCAACGUCGAUUUUUAUUAAAGACUUCAUCUGUCGGAAAUGAUACUACUGAGCAGCCUUACUGUGCUCUCUGAGUGCUUUUCUAGUUUUUAAUGUGACAGUUUACAGAUUCAAUCUGAGACUUCCUUGACUGUUGCAGAUAUUAGCGCUGUUAAUAUUCAAGAUGUUGAAUAUUUACCAGAUAAAAUCUGGACAGUUACAAUUAUCGUAGCCGGGGCAGAGGAUGUUCUCGCCCUUGAGGCUAACGUUAGCUACAGAUAGUAAACCUCAUAGAUAAAAUCUCCCCUCCAGUUCUCUGUAAAGAACAGACAAACUAUAAUGAUCUCACCUCUCCAACCAUUUUCUCACGCAGACUCAUUUCUGCUUUUGUUUUUCUCUCACUGUAAAGGUUGACUGCAGCAGCUAAUUGUUCCAUUUAGUUUCCAUCUGCUUCCCCCUGAGCUUUGCUCUCUGACUCCACAUUUGGAUAAAGUCCUGCAGUGUGACGCUUUGUUUUUUAAAAAAAAUCUUGUUGUUCAUUAGUUUGAGAUUAGAGAGCAGAAUAUCUGUGGAGUUUCUCCUGAUAAUGCAGCCUGAUUUUAAACUCUGUGAAGACUUUAAACCUCCUGCAGUGUGAGCCCGGCCUGAGGGAACCAACCACCACCUGUUUCUGAUCAGGCCUCUUUCGUGUAACCCUUCCUGGGAAAUGUCAUUAUUUUGUGCACGAGUUUGUUAUUUACUUUUUGACGCUUGUGUUCCUUUAACACAAUAUGUUAAGACCAGGUGUCUAAAGGGAUGUUACUGUAGGUAUAUACAGAGAAGAGAAGACAAUCACAGUACUGCACCUCGCUGUAGAAAUCCACUACAAGGUUCCUUUUGAAUCGGCAUUGUUUUAAAACACGACAAAACAGUUUUUUAUCAUGAACGAUCUGUAUAUACUUACUAGAUAUCUCUUUGUCUACGACACUACAUCUAAUUUAUGGAAUAUGUUCAGUAUUUGCUAUUAUAAUAUUUAUUUGCAGUGUUAAGGUUAUUCUGACUCUUCAGCUGUUUUCAAUUUGUCCACAGAUGGGAUGGAGAACUUUUGUUGUGGGAAAAAGGACUGACAAUGCUUUGACAUUCCAUUUUAACUAAAGCUGCGUUUCUCAGCAGCUGGAGGAGAUUAUUGCGGGCCUGUUGGCCGAUAAAAACCCCAGCCACCAACAUACACAUGAAUGAUGUGCCAACACAGGUGUUUUUCAUUUUCGACUGGGAGACAGACAUGUGAUUUGGCGUUUGUCUGCCUCAGGAUGUGUCCUGUUGAGAAGUGAGUCUUUAUGUCACUGAUCGGCUCAGCACUGACUUUGAAAAGACUGUCUGAGACGGAGGCCUCUGGUCUGGGGAGCAGUAAAACGGCAUUGUUUUCUCUGAACAUAAUGUCCUCACUCCCAACCCUGACAGUGAUUCUUAGCGGGAAUCCAACAUGUCCUUUAAUGUUAAACUGUUACCAUAUGAGAAAGACCUGCCCUCUGAGGAACCGCUACAAGGAUGCAUGAAGAAGAAAAAACAGACAUACGCUUUAUUAGUGAGGGACAAAGCAACACAACGUUACACUAGGAACAGCUGAAAAUACUGUACGGUUAUAUACACUACCGUUCAAAAGUUUGGGUCACUUUUAAAUGUCUGUUUUUUAAAAGAAAAGCAUUUUUCCCCUGUAGACAACAUUAAAUGAUUCAGAGAUACAGUCUAGGCAUUGCAAAUGUGGUAAAUUCUAGCUGGAAACGACUGAUUCUUAAUGGAACAUCUCCAUAGAGGAACAUUUCCAGCAACCAUCACUCCUGUGUUCUAAUGCUACAUUGUGUUAGCUAAUGGUGCUGAAAGGCUCAUUGAUGGUUAGAAAACCCGUUAGCACAUGGAUAAAAGUGGGAGUUUUCAUGGAAAACAUGGAAUUGUCUGGAUGACUCCAAACUUUUGAACGGUUGUGUACGUCACCUUUAACUCAUUUAGAGCAACUUGAACUAAUAAUGCCAACUUUACCUAAUUUAGAGCAACUUUAAUUCAUGUACACUUCCAUCCAAAAGUUGGGGUCACUUAGAAAUGUCCUUUUUGAAAGAAAAGCUUUUUCCCAAUAAAGAUAACAAAAAAUAAAUCAGAGCUACAGUCUAGACAUUGUUAAUGUAGUAAAUGACUAUUCUAGCUGGAAACGCCUGAUUUUUUAAAUAAAAUAUCUAGAGGGGUACAGAGGAACAUUUCCAGUGACCCUAAACUUCUGAACAGUAGUGCACAUGGAAACACGGCUAGCGCAAGUUGGAUAUAAAGUUGAUGAAUGAAUCUCCGUCUGCGCUAAAACACUCCUUCCUGCUGGCAGGACCAACGACAUCAACCUGUUCUUUCAGUUCUUAUCACAACAAUAACUUUAACUCUUACUUGAAGUGAACGACGAAAGUGCAAAUUACCAAGCUUCCCCUUUACCAGACUCUGUAGAACGUCAGAAAGUCUCAGUGCACAAGUCACAACUUUAGACUGUAGACUUUUUUUUCGUGUUUUUCCUACGGAGGAAUGAUUUGUUUCUUUAUCAGGCCAGUAUGAUUUCCGACAAACUGUUAUUCUGAGCCGCACUAAAAGUUGCCAUCAUCCGGCAGGUCUUAUCUCAAUCUAGAACUCGUCUCUUCUCAUGCAUCUUACCUGUAUCACCUGAAACCACUGCUGUUUGCGCUGCAUCGCUCAGACCGGAGGCCCGAGAGUGUUUUUACUGAGACAGGCUGCUGGCUCAGCAUCCACAACUUUCCACUUCUCUGAUGAAGACAUUCAUUCUGUUUGUAUUUAAGAUUGUCAUGACUUUGUACAACUUCGUACACACUUUUAGUAUAUUUUCACAUUAAUAUAUUUAUUGGUGCUGUAAAAAUGUUUUACAUAUUAUUAGUUGUUUUUAGUGUAACUAUUAAAACAUAUUUAUUUUCAAAA